GGCAGGAACAUUUAUCAGAGCAGUUGCGUUACCAAAUGCAGUUAUGCUUUUUGUCAGAGCCGUUUGGAAUGAAAAUGGGAAAGAAAUGGAGGGGACCAUCCCUGAUGCCUGGGUUAAUGUAGCUGAGAAAACCCUUCGGUGGCCAAAGAAGAGAGCAAAGUAUUGUUUUGAAAACCAUGUGGCCCCUAAGGAGGACUGGGAAACUUUCCCAUUAUUGAAAGUGAAAUUUACUGCAGAAAGUCUCCAUGAGUGUGAGGAGUAUGAUCAAACCAGCCAUGCUGAACAAUGUGAAGAUGAAGACGAAGAGGUUGUUGUGCAAAAGAGGAAGAAAAAAAUGAACAAUUCUGAAGAUUUCGUUGAAGGAUCUGACUUGUCUGAUGCGACUGCUGAGGGGGAGGAUAAAGAAGUAAGGAAAGGAGAUGCCUGUCCUAAAAGUCCAGCCUUUCCCACCCCACCAAUGAAAAUAUCAAAGAAUGGUUCGCCCAGGUCUGUUGGCCGUGACAGGUCAACUAGUGGUACAUGUAGGUCUAUGGGCCAUGACAGGCCAUCUAGUCGUACAUCUAGGUCUGUGGGCCGUGACAGGUCAACUAGUCGUACAUCUAGGUCUGUGGGCCGUGACAGGUCAACUAGUCGUACAUCUAGGUCUGUGGGCCGUGACAAGUCAACUUGUGGUUUGUCAAGGUCCAGUUCUAUGAGCCGGGACAGUUCAAGUAGUCGUUCGUCCACGUCCGUGGGCCAGGACAGUUUAAGUAGUGUACCCAGGUCCCAGGCUGUGGAGAGCAAGUCCAUAGAUGGUCUUACACAUGAAAGUUCCAAAUACAAUAGGACUGUGCCAACCACAUUCCCGAUGUCAGAAGCGAAAUUCCAAAAAAUAGUACUCACAAAGCUGGUGACUCUGACUGAUGAAGUCAAAAAACUGCAGAGGAGCAUGCCUCACUCUGGAAUUGAAAUAACAAGGAUGGACACCUUGGAAGAGUUCCAGAGGGAGGAGGCUUCUCUUCAGGAAACAACUAAAUUUGAAACCUUGGUUUGUCAGCUGGCAAGAGUGGGGGGUAAAGACAUUAAAGACUGCACGUACAAAAUGUUGGACAGGCUCCUCACCAAUCAACUGAUGACCCUUUUCAACAUGAAGGGGAAGGGCAAAAAAGAGAAAAUGCGAUUUGAAGGCACAAAAUUGUUUUCAGCAAUAAAAGCUGCUGUCAUGAAAUGGGAUAAGGCAGCAACAGAGGCCCAAAUAAAGUCUGCUGCAGCCGAUCAUCUUAAGCAUGCCCCCGGGAGAGUCGGGGGUGGUGGCUAUAAAUGAGUUUUUUACCUUAGCAGCCACAUUUAGUUAAUUGUUACUUUAGUGAUAUGUUGUACUCCAUAAUUUAUGUUAAAGUAUUAUAGUGGAAGUGUGUGAAUUGAUAUUUUUACUUUUCUGCCUUUUUAUGCUUUAUUGUGUUAAUUUAUACUUUACUGUUCUCCCUGUUACGUUUUGGUCCAG